AUGGUGCAACAAGAGAAUUAUGACAUUGUCAUUGUGGGCGCUGGCCCCGUCGGUCUGCUCUUAUCCCUGUGUAUGUCAAGAUGGGGUUACGAAGUGAAGCACAUCGACAACCGCCCAGUGCCGACCGCUACUGGUCGCGCUGACGGUAUCCAGCCGCGAUCUACUGAGAUCCUGCGCAACCUUGGCUUGAAGCGCUCGAUCAUGGCUUACGAGCCUGCCAAGGUGUAUGACGUUGCCUUCUGGGAUCCUAAGGGUGACGGCUCUGGCAUCGGCCGUACUGGCAGCUGGCCUAGUUGCCCCCGUUUCAUUGACACCCGCUACCCUUUCACCACCCUGGUCCACCAAGGCAAGAUCGAGCGCGUAUUCUUGGAUGAAAUUAAGAAGGCUGGCACAACCGUCGAGCGGCCAUGGACCAUCGUUGGCUUCAAGAACGAUGGCGCGAACGCUGAUUACCCUGUUGAAGUCAACCUGAAGUGUCUGGAUACCAAUGUGAUCGAGAAUGUACGCGCCAAGUACUUGUUCAGUGGUGAGGGUGCCCGCAGCUUCGUCCGUGAGCAGCUUAACAUCAAGAUCCACCACAAGGAUCCUAUUGCCUAUGUUUGGGGUGUCAUGGACGGUGUCGUGCGCACCAACUUCCCCGACAUUGAGACAAAAUGCACCAUCCACUCCGACGCUGGCUCAAUCAUGGUCAUUCCCCGCGAGGACAAUAUGGUCCGCCUCUAUGUCCAGAUCGCCUCCUCCACCGACGCCGAUUGGAACCCCCGAAAGACUGCCACCGCUGAGGAGGUCCAGCAGACCGCGAAGAACAUUCUUAAGCCAUACUGGAUUGAGUGGGAUCGGGUGGAGUGGUACUCCGUCUACCCCAUUGGACAGGGUAUUGCUGAAAAGUACACCCUUGACGAGCGAGUCUUCAUGGGUGGUGAUGCUUGCCACACUCACAGCCCCAAGGCCGGCCAGGGAAUGAACACUGCUUUCCAUGACGCACUCAACAUGGCAUGGAAGAUCCACGCCGUGGAGAGUGGCCUUGCCAACCGUUCCAUUCUCAGCACGUACGAGAGCGAGCGCAAGGAUAUCGCUGAGACUUUGUUGAACUUCGAUUCCAAGUACGCAGCUCUGUUCUCCAAGCGUCGUCCUUCUGCUGGCGAGGUUGGUUCUGCCAGCCACACCACCGUGGGUGCUGGUGGGGAGGAGGACGAAUUCGUCAAGACCUUCAAGUCAUCUUGCGAGUUCACUAGUGGAUACGGAGUGGCCUACCGGCCCAACAUUUUCACCUGGGACGCAAGCCACCCUGCCAAGUCCGCUCUGUUCAAGAUUCCCGGAGUUCAUCUGACUCCGGGGCGCGCUUUCACCCCGACCACUGUCACUCGUCUUGCAGAUGCCAACUUUGUGGAGCUUGAGCAGGAAGUGCCCGCUAACGGUGCAUUCCGCAUCUUCGUCUUCGCUGGCAACCAGUCCAAGACUAAGAAGGCCAUUGCCGACAUGGCUGCCAACCUAGAGAAGGAACGCUCGUUCCUUUCGGUGUACCGCCGGUCUGAUAUUGCCGAUGUGUCAUUCUUCGAGCGCCACAACCCUCACUCCAAGCUUUUCACCCUGUCUGUAAUCUAUGCAGGCUCCAAGAACACCAUCGAUGUGGACUGCAUCCCCCAGGUUCUACGCGACUACCACCACCACCUCUAUGCCGAUGAUAUCCCGGACGUGCGUGUUCCUCGGGCUCAAUUUGCAGCCCAUGAGAAGCUAGGCUUUGAUGCUGAGAAGGGUGGUGUUGUCGUCACCCGCCCCGACAGCCACGUUGCUUGUACCGUACAGCUGGUUGAGGGAAGUGGCACUGUUGACGCUCUCAACGAGUUCUUCAAUGCAUUCUCGACGAAGCCGCUGGGCCAGGACUCUCAACAGAGCCGUCUUGGUCAAAUGCCAAGCCUCGAUCUAAGUUACGUAUUUUCCAUCUCCACCCCGCAUCACCUGCAGAGAGGAUCUUGCCUUCAGCCAUCACACCUCAAGAUCAAGAUCACCUACUUGACUUCAAAAGCCAAAAUGCUCACUCUUUCGGUCGAAGCUCAACUGGAGGGCGUUACUGCCCUCCUGCCCACCGACACUGAGGAAAAUCCCUACUUUUACACUUUCCGAGUGCAAUGCACCUCCUGCCACGAGACGCACCCUAACUGGGUCAGCUUCAACCGUUUCGAGGUGCACGAAAUCCCCGGUAGCCGCGGCGAGGCUAAUUUCGUGUGGAAGUGCCGACUAUGCACAAAAACCCACACUGCCUCCAUCAUUAGCGGACCUAAGCCCUAUGAGGCUCAGGAAAAGCAAAGCUCCCAGAAGAUUAUCGAAAUGGACUGCCGUGGCCUCGAGUUCAUUGAGUUCAAGCCUGACGGCGAUUGGGAAGCCAAGGCCGUUGAUUCCACCACCACCUUCUCUGGCAUUGACCUUUCGGAGGGCGAGUGGUAUGACUACGACGAGAAGAAAGGUGAGGAAGUCAGCAUCAAGGAAAUCACCUGGACUGUUGGCCGUUAA